AUGGAUGAGAAUGGAGUACAAUUCGGCCUUGCAAUCAAUCGCGACAGCCUCAGGCUUAACAUUGCCGUUAAUGGCCACAACAGGCAUACCAACAUUGGUGUCAAUAUCGAUACCGACAACAAGAUUGAGAUAGUGCUCAGUGUCAAUGAGCCAGCAACCAGGCAAGUCAACACCAAACCCAUCACUUUGACCAAUGGCCAAAUUCAAGAGUGGGAGGGAACAGGUCAACCAGUAGUUGUUGUCGCAAAUUGUAUUGAGACAUUGAGGACCGUCAAAGGCAGCAACAUCGAGAUGCAUGAUGGGGAGGGGGAUGAUCAAGACAUCGAGAUGGAAUAA